AUGUCCAGUUACUCUCGAACACUGGAGGACAUGCCACAACGCUACGCGAUCUGUCUGGAGCACUCGUUUCACCUCCUGGUGAACGGGCAGUUUGAGUACGCCAAGCGUCAGCUGUCCAUCGCUGAGAGCUGGAGGUACGGCAAGCAGUCAGCUGAUCAGUCCCAGCGGAUUAAGCUGAUCCAGUCUUACAGUGGCUUCCUGGAUUACUUCAUCUGGUGUGGGGGGGGAAUAAAAGAGGGGGGGAAAAAGGCCACCGUCUCCAGCACAGAUGAGUAUGAUGCUGGUGUCAUUCAAGAGAUGCACAGCUACUUCCGCCAAUCCUUUGUGAACCUGAAAGAUAUCAUGAAGCUUCCUGGGGUCUGGGAUCCUUUUGUUCUGAGUUACAUUGACAUGCUGGAAUUCUACAACGAUAACGAGGGAGCUGAGAAGGUUCUGACAACAGUUUGCCCACCCCCAACACCCAUGUCUACAAAAGUAUUUGAUCCCCUGCUGAUUUUGUACGUUUGCCCACUGAUAAAGAAAGGAUCAGUCUAUAAU